UGCUUUCAGAUUAGCUUCUCAAGUUUUACGAGUUCAAACUGAUCUUUAUCUGGAGCAAAUGGGUGGUUGGAUAAUAUCAAAGACCAGCUAAAUUUCUUCCUGCACCCCCUUCCUCUUAACCCUCAGUUUCUACUCUUUAGAACUGAGAGUCAGGAAACAGCAGGGUUUUAACUCCUCAAGCCCCAGCUGAAGGUGAUGGAGGACAACAAGCCAUGGGCUCUGAUCUCAGAGGUGGGCGAACAAGGCUACAUCGAAGAGGUCACUGACAUAAUGAAACAACACUUCCAAAUCAUCUGUUACAAAGACUUCCUUCAAAACCCUCCACUGCAUGGUCCUAAAAUCCAGGCCAUGCUUAUGUGGAACACCCUCCCCGCAGCCGAGCCUUCGCUGCUCAGCUCGCUUCCCUCGCUGAAGGUGGUCGCCAACGGAGGAGUGGGCAUCGACCACCUGGACGUGCCAUACAUCACCAGUCUGGGAGUGAAGGUGACCAACACGCCGGGGGUGGUGAGCGAUGCCACUGCAGAUAUAGCGAUGGGUCUGCUUCUGGCAUCUGCACGCAAGAUUGUUGAAGGUCACCAAAUAGCUGUUGACCCCAACACCACCCAUAUACCACAAUACCUGAUGGGAGUUGAAGUCUCAGGGUCGACUCUGGGGAUUAUUGGAAUGGGACACAUUGGCUGCAAAAUCGCUCAAAGAGGCAAAGGAUUUGACAUGAAGAUCCUGUAUCAUAACAGGAACCGGAGAGUGGAAGAUGAGCAGGCGGUGGGUGCGUGUUACCGUGAGAACAUGGGCGACCUGCUGAAAGAGUCGGACUUUGUCGUGCUGGCGGUCAACCUGACCCCUGAAACCACCAGCCUGAUCGGCCACAGAGAGCUGUCCCUCAUGAAACCCACAGCAACUCUGGUCAACAUCAGCAGAGGUCUGGUUGUGGACCAGGACGCUCUCGUCAAAGCUCUGCAGUCGGGAACAAUUCGUGCGGCGGCGUUAGACGUCACUCACCCUGAACCGUUACCAAGGGAUCAUCCUCUCCUUAGCCUUCCUAAUGUGCUGAUCACCCCCCACGUCGGCACCAACACUUACACGACAACAAGAAAGAUGGUGCAGAGGAUGGUAGAAAAUGCUGUGGCUGCACUGAAAGGCCAAUCGAUUCCCAAUGAAGUCAAACCAAAAUGACUGUCUGUAUUUAGAAGUGUUUUCCUAUUGCAAGUUGAAGUAUAUAUUUAAGGAGACUUUAGUUUUUACCUGUUUGAUUGUUCUGUUCUGCCAUUAUUACUGUGAUGAACAUGAAUGAUUGUUACAUUAAAAUAUAAAGUUUACGUA